GGCGGGCUGGCGGGCGGCCGGGUGGCGGUGGCGGCAUGGCGGAGCCGAGCGGGGCCGAGACGAGGCCCCCAAUUCGGGUCACCGUCAAGACCCCCAAAGACAAGGAAGAAAUUGUGAUCUGCGAUCGAGCCUCGGUCAAGGAGUUCAAAGAGGAAAUCUCCCGGAGGUUUAAGGCUCAGCAGGAUCAGCUGGUCCUGAUCUUCGCAGGCAAGAUCCUCAAGGAUGGGGACACACUGAACCAGCAUGGGAUCAAAGAUGGGCUCACUGUCCAUCUGGUCAUCAAGACCCCUCAGAAGGCUCAAGAUCCGGCUGCUGCCACUGCUUCUUCCCCCUCUACUCCAGACCCUGCCUCAGCACCCUCCACCACGCCUGCUUCACCUGCCACCCCUGCCCAGCCCUCCACCUCUGGCAGUGCCUCUUCAGAUGCUGGCAGUGGAAGCCGGAGGAGCAGUGGGGGGGGUCCCUCCCCAGGGGCUGGGGAGGGCCCUCCCAAUGCUACUGCAUCCAUACUCUCUGGCUUUGGGGGCAUCCUAGGCCUGGGCAGCCUGGGUCUGGGCUCCGCCAACUUCAUGGAGCUGCAGCAACAGAUGCAGAGGCAACUGAUGUCCAAUCCCGAGAUGCUGUCGCAGAUCAUGGAGAACCCUCUGGUCCAAGACAUGAUGUCUAACCCUGACCUGAUGCGCCACAUGAUCAUGGCCAACCCACAGAUGCAGCAGCUGAUGGAGCGGAACCCUGAGAUCAGUCACAUGCUCAACAAUCCUGAGCUCAUGAGGCAGACGAUGGAGCUUGCUCGGAAUCCAGCCAUGAUGCAGGAAAUGAUGCGGAAUCAGGACCGGGCCCUCAGCAACCUGGAGAGCAUCCCUGGGGGGUAUAACGCCCUCCGCCGCAUGUACACAGACAUCCAGGAGCCCAUGUUCAGUGCUGCUCGGGAACAGUUUGGCAACAACCCCUUCUCUUCCCUGGCCGGGAACUCCGACAGCUCGUCUUCCCAGCCUCUGCGGACUGAGAAUCGAGAGCCCCUCCCUAACCCCUGGAGCCCCUCGCCCCCCACCUCCCAGGCCCCCGGGUCCGGUGGGGAGGGCACCGGAGGAUCGGGGACCAGCCAGGUGCACCCGACAGUCUCGAACCCCUUUGGGAUCAAUGCGGCUAGCCUGGGGUCAGGGAUGUUCAACAGCCCGGAAAUGCAGGCCCUGCUCCAGCAGAUCUCAGAGAACCCCCAGCUGAUGCAGAACGUAAUCUCUGCCCCCUACAUGCGCAGCAUGAUGCAGACACUUGCCCAGAAUCCUGAUUUUGCUGCUCAGAUGAUGGUGAACGUGCCGCUCUUUGCGGGGAACCCCCAGCUUCAGGAGCAGCUCCGCCUGCAGCUCCCGGUCUUCCUGCAGCAGAUGCAGAAUCCGGAGUCGCUCUCCAUCCUUACCAAUCCCCGUGCCAUGCAGGCUCUGCUGCAGAUCCAGCAGGGGUUGCAGACCUUGCAGACUGAGGCCCCCGGGCUGAUACCCAGCCUUGGCUCCUUUGGGAUGCCCCGGACCCCCACACCCUCAGCAGGCAGCAACUCUGCGCCUGCGCCCGAAGCCCCAACCUCCUCGCCAGCCCCACCAGCCACUUCUUCUCCAACUGGGGCUUCUAGUGCUCAGCAGCAGCUCAUGCAGCAGAUGAUCCAGCUUUUGGCAGGAAGUGGAAACUCACAGGUGCAGACGCCGGAAGUGAGAUUCCAGCAGCAGCUAGAGCAGCUCAACGCCAUGGGCUUCAUCAACCGCGAGGCUAACCUGCAGGCCCUGAUUGCCACAGGCGGGGACAUCAAUGCGGCUAUCGAGAGACUCCUGGGCUCUCAACUCUCCUAAUCCUGUGGCUCGUGCCUCCUGCUUCUCCCUUCCCUCGAUGCCAGCCUUUGGUUCCUGUCAGCUCCUUCCCUCUGCAGCUCAUCAUCCUUUCUGUCUUCUCCUUGACCUCUCCAGACAGCAGGGUGGCUUUAGAGCCCAACCCUGUAGCUCUGUCUGAGAAUUCUGGUUCUACUUCUACAUCGCUUACAGAAUCAUCUCUACUGGUCCUGCUUGAGCAGAACUAUUUAAAUGGUUUUCAGUUUUGUUGAUUGGCCUCACAACCACCUUUGCAGUCUUCAAACCCCUCAGUGGCUGCUCAGAGUGGAAGGAGGAACCAACUCUCUGGCUCAUUGGAACAGGGUCUUUUAUCUGUACCGCUAGGGUUUUGCCUGUCUUCUGUUUGCUUUUGGUAACUCUCUUCCUUCUUUUUUCCCCCUGUCCCCUCUCACCUCCAGCCUACCCAAUGGUAGAACUACAUACUCUGAACGAGGGGCAGGUGAAGCAGGCUGGGAUUUUCCACCUCACCCCGUAGUCUGGUCACUUCAUCCAGAACUUUUUAAUGGGAUUUGUGGGGACUUAUAGGGGGAGGAAGAUGCCUCUCUUCCCUGUUGGAAGGAGGAGAUCAGACACAGCCCUCUGAACAAGGACUUAACAAGCCCCGGACCAGCCCAAAGGAGGUUGGUGCAGAGGAGGAGAGCAUGAGAUUUCUGGAAGAAGGAAAUGGGCAAAAAAGCCUGAGUAAAAGGCUUGGAAGUUGGAGUGGACAGUUAGGGAGUGGCACAUUAACUGUCCUUUUAGUCAGGAGAGCCCAGGCUCAGGCCUGGCAGAGGAGACGUAGGAUUGCUAAUGGAGCUUGAGUGGAAGGGGCUCAAUGAAGCUAAGCAUUAUGGCUCACAAGGGGCCAUAUUGGCUCCACUUCCUCAAACACACAUGCUUAUGUACUCACUCACAUACGUUUCCGUGAACCCAGGACUGCCUGUGUCGCCAGAUACUGGUGACUUGAGCCCCACCCUCAGAUACCAUGAAGUGGUUUGGGGUCUGUCUCAGCAGUGGCUCUGUGUGGGUGGGUGCAUGUGGGUUGAGUGGAAGGGUGGGUUCUUUGCUGAUUUCUGGUUCAGAGCUCCCACCACCAGAGAAGUAGGCAAAAGAUCUAGUCUAGGGCAGGAACACAGACAGCCCGGGGAGCUAGGUCCCUCAGGCCUCUGGACGCUGGGUAACAAGGGUAGUGUAGAUACCCCUUCUGAAGCUGCCAGGACUGUGAUCAGCAGCCUUUCAACCCUCUCCUUACUGCUUUCAGGGAAUGGUAGAGGGGUCUUUCCCUCCAGAGCCCCUGCCCUUUGAGUUCUUCAGUAUUUCCCUCCAGGCCGGAAAGUUCUAUUUGAGGAAGGAAAGGAGAGGGUGGCAAUGCCGCCUUUGAUCUGGAAUUGGACAUUACUCAAUCGGAGCGUGGAGGAGGCUCAUCUCACCUCCCCUCUCUGAGACUGAGCCCGGCUGCUUGGAGGACUCAUGGCUGAGAAUAUGGAGGCAUGAGAAACAGAAUUUCCUCCAAGCGGGAAAGGGUCCUGAACAAUCCUGAGAGGAUGUCUGCGUGGCUUCCCUCCAUCAUUCCCUCAGGCCCCACAUUGGCCUUUGUAAAUAAAUG